AUGGAGGCUGCUUUGCAGACUCUAUCAUUGGGGAAGCCCCUUCUCUUGCACUUAGGGAGGGUGGAGGAUAUAGUCCCUUUAGGUAGAAAAAUUUAUAUAACUACAGAUGUUAUUUUUUAUGAAUUUGUAUUUCCUUUCAAACAAAAUGACAACAACAAUGACAAAUCAAGUUAUUUGAAUUCUCUCUUUCCAGGAUGGUUUUCAGAGUAUUCUCCAUUAUGGCCAGGACAAGCACAUUUCUUGAAGGUGGAAAAGAUUUAUUUUCAAGGAAAAUCUAAAUACCAAAAUAUGCUAGUUUUUCAGUCAUCAACAUAUGGUAAGGUUUUUGUCUUGGAUGGAGCACUCCAACUUACUGAGAAGGACGAAUGUUCUUACCAAGAAAUGAUGACUCACCUUCCUCUCUGUUCUAUCCCAAACCCAAAAAAGGUUUUGCUCAUUGGUGGUGGAGAUGGUGGCAUCCUAAGGGAAAUUUCCCGUCACUCAUCUGUUGAACAGAUCGACAUAUGUGAAAUAGACACAAUGCUGAUUGAUGUCUAUAAAGAAUUUUUCCCACAUGUGGCAGUUGGAUACAAGGACUCUCGAGUCAGGCUUCAUGUUAUAGAUGGAGCUAUUUUUCUGAACUCUGUCCCAAGAGGCACCUAUGAUGCAAUAAUAGUGGAUGCCUUCGACCCUAUAAGGCCUGAUCAUGAGCUUUUUGAAUCUCAGUUUUUUGAACUGGUUUCAAAAGCUCUUCGUCCAGGAGGAGUCUUGUGCAUCCAAGCAGAGAGUAUUUGGUUUCGGUCAUUGAAUAUUGAAGAACUCCUCACCAAAUGCCGCCAAACAUUCAAAGGCUCCACUGAUUAUGCAUGGACAACUGUCCCUGCAUAUCCAAGUGGGGUCAUUGGUUUCUUGCUUUGUUCCACCGAAGGUCCAUACGUCGACUUCAGAAGUCCAAUUAACCCGAUCAAUCCCGAAAAUUAUGGCAUAUCAAAGCAACCCUUGAAGUUUUACAAUUCAGAGGUUCAUUCAGCUUCGUUUUGUUUGCCAUCUUUUGCCAAAAGAGUGCAAAAGGAAUUUGAUGGUAUAAGGACAGAGACAUGA